AUGUCGCACGAAAACCCCAGUCUCGAUCCACAACUGUCCCUUGAAAUAUCUCUUGAACAAUCAAAUGGUGAAGGACAAACAGCAGGAGUCGAGGCUGCCAAUGACAAUCAAGUUUUGGAUACAAAUGAGGACUCCAGACAGGCAGAAGAGAGAGCGCAUAAUUUCCAUAGCAUUAGAGCAGCUUUUGGAAAUGCUUUGGGUAUCAAUUUGAUGGAUAUCUCCGGUUUGAUGCGCAACAACGAUCCCACUCGCAACACAGAUCCCGUUCGUGACACCGAAUUUGUUCGCGACAACGAUUUCGCUAUUUCUUCAUCAGACCACAACAACAUCUCCGAAGAUGAGGAAGCAUCUCAGUCCGAGUAUAGUGAUGAGGAAGAUUUGGACAUGGAAGUGCCUCUGAAGGUUGCCGAUGAUGUAGCGCCAUUGCUUCUUCGCUCACCUUCAUCACCACCAUCAUACUCGCCACCCCCAACACCGGUUUUGAAACUUCUACCAAUGUUUACCCUUAGUCCUGGCAGCCCCUCGGUCUCAGAAAUGUCAUUUUUCGACGAUCCAACUCGUUACGCCACUAGGAUCAACGCCAGAAAGGUUCGCAUGCAUGAUACGUGUCUUACGACUGCAGAAGAAACGUUAAGACAGUUACCAGGAAUAUGGUGGCGACGAAUCUCAAAGAUACCAUCAUCUCUCCGAAAAUGCUGGACUCCAUACGAUAUCUUUGACGAGUAUUUGGAGAAUACAUUGGUGGCUGUGAAUGAUUACGGUGCGGAGGAGGCUGGGGUCGAUACGAAAGUUGAUUUCAGAACAUAA